UAAACAUUAAACCACAUGAACGAACGUAGUCUAAACGUCAGUCAGUUGUGUUUAUGAAUUUAUCCGAACUAGAUCUAACUGGAGACAAUUAUUCACUUUGGAAACAGUUGUUUUAAUCAUUUAUUCUGUAUACCGCCUAAAGAGUGCCAUGAUAAAUAACCUCAUCCAACCCCAACUGAAGGAGAACCGAGCACUGAGCUACGACCACCAGGAACUGGUCCCAGAGUUCCAAUUUUUCCAAUUCCCACAACCCACCGACUGCGAUCACGUGACCUUGUGGUCCGACCCCACCCCCACCUCAGUCGAGUUCCUCCCGGAGACGGCCGGCGAUAUUGAAAUCACUACCAGCUCGGCCACCCAGCCACCGGCAUCCACCACGAGUGCUAGUCAGAACCACGAGAUGCCAGAAAAGUUCCAGGAGUUCGCAGACGACGGUCAGCUGGGGGAGGAGGUCGUCAUGCACUUUGACCCCCAGGAGGAGAAGAUUCUAGCCGCCACGCUCAAGGCCGUGCAGAGUGGGAGCUUAACCCCGCUGAUCAAAGAAGAGCUCAGGUGCACUAUCCAGAGUCGGAGAAUGGCGGAAGGAAAAGGGGAGCUUAAGGUGGAGUUUAAAAGCCCUCCAAAGAAGAAAGAUAUGACGGACGAUGAAAGAAAACGAGCGCUGAAAAGACGACAACAAAAUCGCGAGGCGGCACAGAGAUUCAGGCAGAAGCAGAAAGAUACCUCAGACUAUCUGACAGAUAAAAUUAAACGUCUCGAGAAAGCGUCGAACAACUUGAUUAUCGACCUGCGUCGUUUGAAAGAGGAGCGGGACGAACUCCAGGCCAUGUUGAAAAGUCACCUUCUCGUCUGCAACAACAACAUCCCCACCAGCAUCAAUGUCGACAGCAACUUGGAAGUUUUCCUUCAGGGAAUUCCCCAUCCAACCAGCACUUGUGCGCACCAUGCAUCGACAAACGACCCGUGCGAUUCAUGCAGUUCGGUGUAUUUCUCCGAGGGCGACACCGCUGCUACGAACGAAGAUUUCCAAGUAUUCAACGGCCCGAUUGACAAUUUAGAAAUUAGUUUCGAGGGUUCCACUGCCGAUGACGUAAUAGAUGUCUUUUACGAGGAGGAGGUCAUUGGUGAAGAUAAUCUACAAUCCACCGAAAAUGGAUUCUACGAUAAUUCUAGAAUCCAUAUAGACUCUUGCUCCAGUAUCGGGUCCACCUCCCCCUUUGGUUCCACCUCCUCGGAACAUGCAUCACUCAGCGACUCCGCCCACAGUCACCGAGUGAUUUCCGAGUAUUCACGGAUCCACACGAACUCUUCUUCGUCGGAGAUGUGCGAGACCACGGACCUAGACGAGGAUUUCCUGUUGAUAGACAGCUGUAUGUCUUGACGUCCCCGCUUCGUAAGUUAACCGAUUGCCGAGUCAUCUCAUGACCUCUGACCUAAAUUACCAAAAUACCCACGCUGAAAAAGCGAGCUACUGAAAAAAUCUACUCCCAUAGGUUGAUUAGAUCAAAAAGAUAUGUACAAUAUCAACACGUACAUGCUAUAAAUAGAUCUAAGUAAGCGUAGCAAGGCACUAAUAAAAUACAAAAACACACAUUUACUAUUUGUGACCUCAAGAAAUAAACGAAACAAUCUUAUUUUUUGAAAUUACAAAUAGUACUUUGGUGUUUUUCUUUGAUUUAGGCCUAAUCAUCAGAAUAAUAGUACUAUGAUGAGUACAGCUUUAACUGUUCUUAUGUGCACAAUUAGAUAUAUGCUCAAAAAUGUUUUAUUGCAGCUAGAUUGAGUUCUCAACAGAUGUUGUACAUUCAGAUAGAUCUAGAUCUACUUUCAAUAUUUUGUAUUAAAGUAAUAAAUUAUGUACGCUACAUAGUACAUAGUACAUAAAUCUAGUACAUACAUACAAAGACGUGCACAAUUUAUAAAGGGGACAUUUUCACAAGUGCUAAAUUAAUAAGUGUACAUUUAGAAAUGAGUCAGUUUAGAGUGUAAGUACACAAGAAAAUAGACAUACCAUACAUUUGGAAUGAGUUAUAGUUAUAGUCUUCUUACUGUUUAAAAAGGGCACUAGAUUAUACUAAAUAUAUUUUGAAAGUAUACAAGUUCCAUAUGGCUUAUGUCUUACUGCUUGAAGUAAGUACUGCUUGUCUUGCAUAGUACUUCAUGGGUACUUAAUGACAUUUCUAUUGAAUGACAUGUGUAUUGCUUGAAUACCACAUGACAUUGUGCUACAUGUAACACUGUAUGCACUACCUCAUGUCAUGUGUACUACUUUAAAUAUUGCAUGACAUGUAUAGUUCUUAAAAUAUUAAAUGACACAUAUUGUUUAAAGCACCACAAUUGACUAUCCGCCAUCCAGCAAAUAUUCUUUAAGUUGGAUAAAAGAGCGUCAUCUUGUCAAAAUACUUUGAUAACCACUCCUUGUAUAAAGAUAUUUAUCUUUAACUACAAGUUAGAUUGUUAAAUCAAUGUUCCUGUGUUUGACCUAUAUUCUAUAAUGUCUUAAUCAUCAUUGGGUCAUAAGAUAUAUGUUAUACUAAUUAUGACCUAACAAGCAAGGACACAGGUGAACUGGAUUUCCCAGUGUUCAGCCACGACAUGUGAUGUUAUGACAACCACCCACACAUAUUUGUUUUUAACUUCACACAUUUUUGUUGGUUGCUUUUUUUUUUUAAACUUCACACAUAUUUUGUCUAAAUUUUCAUCUACUUUGUACUUGUGUAAUUUUUUUUAAAGCUAAAUUUUUGGAAAACCCAAAAAAAAAUUAUUACAAGAUAACAUGUGUACAGUUAUGAAUAUUUGAAUGAUUAACCCUUUGAGUCACCUACAUGACAAAGGUAACAUAUUUUAACAAAACUGUGUACCAGUAGUUCUAUGGUCUAGUUUUUUUUUUAUACCUGGGUUUAACAGACCAAAGGGGGUGUGGCUGGUGAAUUCAUGUCAAGUAGAAAAGUACACAAAGCAGAAAAAAAUACUUUGGGACUGAAUUAAAGUGCCUUCAGUCAGCUAGAAACACUCCUCAAAAUCUAACGGCUUUUUUAGGGGGAGAUCAUAAAAUAAUUAUUGUGAAUUAAACAAUAAAAUGAUUUAACAAUAAGAGUUUUAAAUCAUUAAAGAAAUUCUAGAGUAAAUUCUUAAUCCUUUGAAAUGCUGGAAUAUUAUUUGAAAAUUUAAAAUUAAAAUAAAGUUGUGGAAGGUUA